AGGACAGAGAGAAGAGAGUUGGAAAAAUUAACAAUGUUUUACUAAUGCUACUAAUAAGAAUAGAGAAAAUAAUACAAAAUAUACAAAACCAAUCUUGAAAGUCUCAGCAACUGCAGAGCUGACACCCAAUGUCCUGAAUUGGACUCUGCAGCCAACUGGAGCUGGAUUCAGUCUCUCACUAGGCCUCAGUUCGCAGGGAUGACUAGCAAGGUCCUCUCCUAAUGUCGGCCAUAAGCAGAAGGGAAAAAGGGAAAGGGCCGAAAUCCUUGUGAUCUUCCACUUUUAUAUGAAGUAUUCACAUGAAUAGAAUGUUAUACACAGUUGGUGAGUUUCUUGGUCACUUGUUUCUCGUUGUCCCUCUCGCGAGAUGUCCAUCUGUGCUUAUCAAUAACUUUGCAUUCCAUUGCUAGGUUUACCAAAACAUGCAUCUGGUUCUCCAGGAAAAUGAAGCCAAUAUGAAGGCUUUAGCUGACAGGCAAAUUCACUAAAAGAGAAACUUGUUUUUUAACAAAACCAGGACACACCCCCAGCACCUCGUGGGAUAGCAGAGGAUUUUGGCAAAACUGUGUGCAGGGAAGGCACUGGCAGGAUGCAGGCAACAAGAGGUGGCCUCCCCAUCCUCAGGUGGGGGGACAUGGCAGGGACAUCUGCCAGGGACACAGAGGAUAGGGAGUCGGGGGGCUGGUGGGGCCAGACUGGUGGGUUCCAGCCUUACCAGGAAGUCAGUGAUCAAUAGGUUGUCCCCAACGCUUGCUCCUCCCUCCUGGCACACAGCAGCCCUGGCAAACACUGCUCUGGCCACCCAGCCUCUUCCUUCUCCUCCUGGGAACAGCCACCGUGGGCUCUGUGUCUCCCCGUCCUCCCGCUGUCACGUCCCAGUUUCACCCACUGGUGUCACCCUUCUGGCACAGAGCAUCACAGCAUUCGGUGAGGGUGGAAUUCAUUUAUGCUUCUUCUGCUCAGCACCCAACCUCACCAGAGCUUCCUGGGCACAGAGGACAUGAGACACCAAAGACAUAGGUGAACCAGCAAAGCAAAUUGCACCUUAUGACUCUGAGCACAACACUGACCUACCUUGGAAGACCCAGCUAGACCCAAAACCAAAUGUGGAUUUGAAAGACCCUACCUGUGCAGCUGCAAACUCUUGCCUUUGCUCAAGGUGCUUGUAAAGAACCAUCUGCACACGGAGGUGGAGCGUUUCCAGUUGGAAAGGGAAACUCCUGGGUUAUCUAGCACUUAACCCUACCAUGGCCACAAAAGCCACCAGCUCUCAGAAAUACCUCCAGCUGCUCCUUCUUCAGGUCACUCUCCUAGGGCCUGUCUCCUGUGGGAAGGUAUUGGUCUGGCCAACAGAAGGUAGUCACUGGCUGAACGUGAAGAUAAUUAUACAGGAGCUCAUCCACCGCGGGCACAACGUCACCAUCCUGGUGUCCAAUGCUUCCCUCUUCAUUAAACCUGCUGAGGCCACAGAGAAGUUUGAGGUCUAUAACGUGCCCUUUGAGACAGACACCGUUGAGAACUUGAUCAGGCAUACAGUGGCACUGUGGCUGGAUAACAGGCCAACCACCUUGACCUUCUGGCAGUUUUACAAGGAGCUGGGAAAACUAUCAAAACACUGGAACCAGAUGAACAGGCUGAUGUGCGAUGCAGUGGUAACCAACCAAGAGCUGAUGGCCCAUCUGCAAGAGUCUGGCUAUGACCUGGUGCUGUCAGACCCCGUGACCCCUUGUGGGGAACUUGUGGCUCUCAAGUUGGCCAUCCCCUUCAUCUACUCACUGCGCUUCUCCCCAGCCUUCACCCUGGAGAGGCACUGUGGGAAGAUCCCCACCCCACCGUCCUACACGCCUGCAGCCCUGUCUGAGCUCACUGACAGCAUGUCCUUCAGCCAGAGAAUAAAAAACAUCUUGUCUUAUCAUCUGCAAGACUACGUUUUCCAGAGCUACUGGGGAGAAUGGGAUGUGUACUAUAGCAAGGUCCUAGUCUGGCCCACUGAUGCAAGUCACUGGAUCAACAUGAAAGUCCUACUGGAAGAGCUUGUUCACCGGGGUCAUGAAGUGACUGUGCUGGUGGCUUCAAGCAACCUGCUCAUCAACUACCAAGACACCUCCUCCCCCUUCACCUUUGAGAUCCUGCAAGUCCCCUUUUCCCAGCAGAGCCUGGAGGCUCUUAUGGAGGACUUCCUCAAUUUAUGGCUGAAUGAGGCUUCUAAUCUCUAUUUCUGGGAGAAAAUGCAGAGGCUGAAAAAGGACUUGGAGAUCUUUUCCUACAUAUCAAAGCAGACCUGUGACACUUUGGUGAUGAACCCUCAGAUGAUAGCAAAGCUGCGGCAGGCCAAAUUCGAUAUUGUGAUCGCUGACCCCCUGGCUUUAGGUGGGGAGCUCGUAGCAGAGAUCUUAGCAAUCCCUUUUGUCUACAGCUUCCGCUUCUCUGAUGGGAACGUGGCAGAGCGGCUGUGUGGUGGGCUCCCGUCCCCACCUUCUUACGUGCCUGCUAGCACAAAUGGGCUGACAGACCAGAUGUCCUUUGAGGAAAGACUACAGAACUUUCUUUUCUACCUUUACACAGAUUUAUUUUUCUUGAAGUUUUGGCAAGACGAAUGGGAUGGGUACUACAGUAAUGUCUUAGGAAGGACCACAACCCUGUGUGAGACGAUGGGGAAAGCAGAGAUCUGGUUAAUCAGAACAUACUGGGAUUUUGAAUUUCCACGCCCUUUCCUGCCCAACUUUGAGUUCGUUGGAGGACUUCAUUGCCAGCCUGCAAAGCCGUUACCAAAGGAAAUGGAAGAAUUCGUUCAGAGCUCAGGGGAACACGGCAUUGUGGUAUUCUCUCUUGGGUCGAUGGUCAACAACCUCACUGAUGAAAAAAGUAACAUCAUUGCCAGAGCACUCAGCCAGCUUCCACAAAAGGUCCUCUGGCGGUACAAAGGGAAAAAGCCAGAAGCUUUGGGGUCCAAUACCAGGAUUUAUGACUGGAUACCCCAAAAUGACCUGCUUGGCCACCCCUUGGCAAAGGCCUUCCUUACUCACGGUGGGACCAACGGGAUCUACGAAGCGAUCUACCAUGGGAUACCCAUGGUUGGGAUUCCCAUGUUUGCUGACCAGCAUGACAACAUCGCUCACAUGAGGGCAAAGGGAGCUGCAGUGGAGCUGGAUUUCAACAGGCUGACAACGCAGGACCUUGUCAAUGCACUGAACACAGUCAUCAACAAUUCCACCUAUAAGGAAAAUGCUCUAAGGCUAUCCAAGAUACACCAUGAUCAGCCAAUCAAGCCUCUGGACAGAGCCGUCUUCUGGGUUGAAUUUGUCAUGCGUCACAAAGGAGCAAAGCACUUGAGACCAGCUGCGCACCAUCUCACCUGGUACCAGUACCACUGCCUGGAUGUUCUGGCGUUCUUGCUCACCUGUGCAGCCAUUGCUGUCUUCAUUCUUGUCAAAUGCUGCUUAUUUUGCUGUAGGAGAUGUGGCAGGAUAGCGAAGAGGAAGAAAGACUAGACAUCCUGUUCCCACCAGUGCUUUUUCGCCUCCUAGGCUGAUUCAGCAAGGUGAAUAAAAUUAUUAUUUUGGUGAAUAAAAUAAUUAUUGGUGAAUAAAAUUAUUAGGAGGUGCUUAUCAUGAAGCACCCUGUUGAAUUGAGUCAUGCUGAAAAGCUGUUGUGGGGCAGAGCUGCCUGCUUAGCCAACAAAUUCCUUCUGGCAUAAAUCAAACUGAAUUAUAGUUGCUUUAUUCCUGUUAGCUGAUCACAUGGGGUUCCUAGAAUCGUAACUGCUGCUUUAGCAUUUCAAGUUUAUUUUGGUAUAGUUCAUAAAUUCAGCCUUGCCUGUGUUGCACUGUGAGCCCCCAAAUCUGAAAGUAGUCUCCUCACCUUAGAUCUGCCCUCUCCUGUAAUAGCUCUUUCCAGAUUGGACAGUGCAGCUAAAGUCACAGGCUGCCAAAACCAGCCAAGAUGAUGAAAAACUGGGAGCUGCAAGUGGCUGGUGAAGGCUGGAUCAUCACUUUUUUACAAAUGCACUAUUUGGGGAGUGAGCAGCGACCAGAGUCCUAAAACAAGCAGGGAAGCUACUUUUCUGAGAACCAUUUCUCUUUUCCAUUCAGUAUAUGCUUAGAGUCACACUGCACAGGCCAUCAGUCCUGCUGUAGCACUACAGGGGUGUGAAAACAGCUUCUGUGUGGUAGCAGCUUGCCCAUCUUAACCCACAAAUACCUCUGAGCUACAUUACCUGAGAAAUGCAGGAAAACCUCUAGAGAUGGAAUGUGCCAGCAAGUAACAUCACAUGUGUGAAUGGUGCAAUAGUCCCUUGCCUUUCCUGAAAUACUAAGAGGGAAAAUAAUGCUGCUCUUGGCUCAGAAAAGAGUGGUAGUACAUGCAGAACUUGUUCACGAUGCACUUACUGAUGAAAGCUUACUAAAACAAUGCUAGUUCAGCUCUCCUGUUCCAGGUAAGGCUAUUCUGUGGCCAUGCCACAGAAAAAACUGUGGCCAUGCAAGAAAAAACUUGCUCAAAUUUUAAUGGAUGUUUGCUGUAUUCUGGAAUGCUGCAGAAUUGUUUUCAAACAAAACAGGCUGAGAAAACAUGUUAUAUUUGUUUUAAUAAUAAAAUUACUGUGUUAACUUUU